UUUUUUUCAUCGCUUUUCAUGAAUUUGCAUUGUUUUCAUUAAUCAUAUUCCUAUACUUAUCAUAUUCGUUGCAUUUCUUAAUCUAUUUUCUAUCCAAUUUGCUUUCUCUUUUUUUAUAAUCCCUUUUUUUUCAGAAAAAUUUCAAUUAAACACAAUUAAUAUAAUGUUUUCUUAAAAUGUGCUUUGAUACUUCAGUUUCUCAAUUAUACAUCAACAAAAUAUUUGGAACUUCUGUUCAUCAUCAGUCUUCAUUUGCUGUCAGCAGUGAUUUAGUUGCUUAUACCGCAAGUGGUGGUGUAGUGGUUUGCAAGAUUCUUGAAGGUAAAAUUAAAAACCAAAGGUUUUUCUGUGCAAAUAAUUUUAAUAUCAAUAACUCAAAUAUUAACAACUCUAACAUUAAUAACACCAAUCUAAAUAUCAGUCCUAUUACUAUUUCAAAUAACGACUUUGAGUAUACAAGAAAAGAUAAUUACGGUUUCCCCAAACUUAAUAAUCCUAUUCAGUUUUCAAAUCUAAAUUCAAAUUCAAAUUAUCCCCUAGCAUCCUCUUCAAUAAUCUCUACUUUAGAUGAUAAUAAUCUAUCCAAUUUAAGUAUUAACAAUAACUCCACUGCAAGUCUAUCCUCAAACACAAAUAUAAAUAUAAACUCAAAAUCGAAAUUAAAAGAUAGAAUUCGAUCAAUAAAUUGUAUUGCUCUCUCCUCCAAUGGUAAAAUAUUAGUUGUUGGCGAGUCUGGUUAUCAACCGAGGAUUCUUUUUUACUCUCUAGCAAAUGAUUCUAACAAUUACCCCUUUGCAUUCAUUUUAGAACAUCAAUUUGCUAUAAAUAAUCUAGCAUUCUCUGAUGAUGAUACCUAUUUAGCAUCUUUGGGUGUAGCAAACGAUGGAUUCUUAAACAUUUGGAAAAUUAAUUCAAUCUCAAAAAGAUUUUCAAUCAUCUUAAAAGGUAGCAACAAAUGUAGUUGUUUGAUAAGUGAUAUGUUUUGGAUCAAUAAUAUCGUUAUAACCAUAGGUCUAAGAAACAUAAGAGUUUGGAAAUUAAAUAGCAAUUCAAAUAACAAUCUUAAUAUUAAAACUAAGAAAACAACAAUCUUAAAAAGUAAAAACGUAUUAUUAGGCUCUUUAAUUAAUGAAAAUUUUAUAUCCGGAUCAAUUUUAAAUAAAACAACUGUUUUCAUCUUAUCUGAAAAUGGAUUACUUUGUUAUUUAGAUUUAUCGUCUGAAAUUCCAUCCCUUCAAUUAAUUGAAAAAUUAAAUUAUUUUUACAAUAUUCAUAAUAAUAUGAAUGAUCAGAAGAAGGUGGAUCAUGAUUAUGGUUAUGAUCAUAACCAUAAUCAUAAUAAUAAUAAUAAUAAUAAUAAUAAUAAUAAUGAUGAUAAUGAUAAUGAUAAUGAUAAUGAAAACAUCAAUGUUAUCCAUAUCGAUGUUCAUAAUCAAAGAUUAUGGUUUGGAAAGGAAAAUUCUUUUGAUUUCAUUCCUCUCAAUGAUUUGUUAUUAAAUCUUUUAGUUGCUCCUUCUUUACCAAACCCACAAUCAGUACUCAAUGAUAAUAAAUCAAUUAUUAGUUUUUCGACACAAUCUAAUGAACUUGGUAAUAUUAAUAAUAAUUUAUCUUCAAGUUUAUCGAAUUUAACAUCAAACAAUAUGCCUAUAAAAAAUAGGUCGGGAAUAAUAUCUAUAAAACAAAUUAAUGAAAAUGAAAUAGUUUUUGUUAAUGAUAGAGAAGAAAUUAAUAUUUUUAAUAUUUCUAAUAAUAAAAUUGAAAAAUUAAUUGAACCAUUAGUUAAAGAUAUUCAGGGAAUUAAAAAUUGUAAAAUUUUCAAAUUUUUAAUUUGGUCACAAAGUGGGAUUUUCAAAAAAUAUCAUGAAAAAUUUUGUUCGAUGGAAUUUAUUUGUAAAAUAAGAUUGUUUUCAAAUGAUUAUAUUGAGAAUAAAAUAAUUGUAGCCGAAUUAACAAAUGAUAAAAAAUUAAUCUUUGGAGAUCGAUUAGGGUUUUUAAUGGUGUACGAUCUAAAUAAAAAUGAAUAUAACUAUCAAAUAAAGGCACACGAAUCUACUAUUAAUGAUCUAUGUUUUUUUGAUGUUAAGAAUUACAGCUUUAUUGUAACUGUUAGUAGAGAUAGAACUAUUCAAAUAUUUUAUAAAAAGAAUUUAUCUAAACAAAAUGUUAAAGAGGUUGAAGAAAUUAAAGACGUUAAAGAUGUUAAAGACGUUAAAGAAAAAGAAAAAGAAAGAAAUGAAGAAAUAAGUAAUUUGUUUGAUGAUUAUGAGGCAUCAGAAACUCCAGUUGAAAUGAUAUUUCUUGAUAUUCAUAGUGAAAAUGAAGAUGAUGGAAUUAAUACAGAUACAGAUAAUACUAGUGCUGGUGAUGAGGAGACUGUUAAACAAUUUGAGAAAUUAACUUUAGAUGAUAAAAGUGAAAAUAAGAUCGAAUACCACAACAAACUAGAGAAUAAACUAGAGAAUAAACUAGAGAAUAAACUAGAGAAUAAACUAGAGAAUGAAAACGAGAAUGAAAAUGAGAAUGAAAAUGAGAAUGAUACUGAAAAAGAAAUUGAAGAUAAAGAAAUAUAUAAAUGGAAUUUACUUCAAACUUUAACUAUUCAUAAGGGAAAUGUUCUAAAAGUUAUUAAUUAUGAAAAUAAGAUUUAUGUAUGUUCAGCUGAUCGAUCUAUAUCGAUUCAUCAAAUUGAGGUUGAUGAAGAAGAAGAUAUGAUUCAAAUUUAUUUAGAGAAGAUCAUUAAUAUUAAGAGUUCACCAAUCAAUAUGAGAUUCAUUAGUGAUAUAAGAAAUGAUAAUAAUAAGAAAAAUAAGAAUAAUAAGAAUGGGAAUGGAAAUAGAAAUGGAAAUGGAAAUGGAAAUGGAAAUGGAAAAGAAAAUAAUAAAAGAAGAUCAUAUCUUAGUGAUAUUAGACAAAGGAGUAAGGUUGGUGCAAUUGAAAGAAGCAUAGAUGAGAGUUUUAAUGAACUAAUAAUUUCUACAAAUGAUAAACAAUUAUUAAUAUAUGAUAUAAUUAGUUUGAAACUUUUAAGGGCGUUGAAGUUAUAUGAAUUAGUUGAAUAUUUUGUUGUGAUUAAAAAAUUGAAUAUAAUAAUUUGUACAUGUGCUGAUAAAAGUAUUCGAACAUAUUCAUACAAAAGUGGGAGAUUAUUAACAGUUAAUUGGGGUCAUUCGGAAAGUAUAACUGGUUUGAUAUUGAUUGAAAACAAGUUUAAUGAAAAUGGAGGUGAAAAUGGGGAUAAGGAUAAAAAUGAAAAAUCAGUCAAAUUUGUGACUAUAAGCAAUGAUGGGUGUUUAUUCCAUUGGGAAUUAAAAUUAGGAGGUAUUAAUACUACUUUGAAUAGUAAUUUAAUGAAUUCAAAAGAUGAUAGAGAUAAAGAUAGCUUGAGAAAUAGUGUGGGAUCACCAUUAUUUCAAAAAGUAGCUAGAAAAAUCAAGAGAUCGCAUACAAUUCAUUCAGUGAAUUCAUCGAGUAGUUUAAGAGCUAAACCAUCGGUUAAUUUAAGGGUGAAUGUUUCCAAAAGAUUACCAUCUCAAAGUUCCAGUCCAAGUCUAAGUUCAAAUAUAAAUCUAAGUAUCAGCCCAAGUAAUAUUUCAAGCACUGGUUCAAACAAAAGUCCAAGAACACCUGGGUUUGCGACAAACCUGAAAAAUAGACCAAUUUUAAAUCAUGUUGAGGAAAAAGAAACCAAACAAAAAUCAAUUGCGUGGACAAGUUCAGCAAAAUAUUUGAACCAUUCGAAAAGCAUGAAGGAGUUGGGGUCGUCGAGGUCCACUGGAGAUUUGAAAAGUAGCACAGCUACAAGAUAUUCGGCGAUAGGAAAAAAUUAUAAUAGCAACUCUCUCUCAACCACCAAUUCGGGAGAAGAGCUGAACAUGAAAGCAGCAGCAGGCAAAGGAAAGACAGCUGCAGCAGGAUCCACGGCACUGGGAAGACGUCAAAGUAUACACAGGAGGAGCUACACAAACAUCCUGGACUGCUCCCCCAGUGACAUUAGUGUGUACUUGAGAGAAAUACGAGGGAGGUUCAAGCAGCACAAGUACACCAAGGACGAGAUCAGCUCAAUCACCGCAGAUUUGAGCAACACCAUCAAAUUCCUAACAGAGUCCACAGAACAACGUCCGUAGCACAUCUAUCUAGCACUUUCAGCAUCACCAAUGAGCAUAAAUUACGCUGCCGGAGAGUGUUGAGGAAACAGUGCUUCCAUUGCGGAGGUUCUGUGGAGCCUCACAAAGUUGUGGGCAAAGAAUGUGAUUGGUGGAAAACGAAGCACAGCCAGUACACGCAUCACAGAAGCAAUGGCUUAGUUGAAGAAUGCUGAGAGUCUCUAGAAGCACUACCAGAGCACUUCUUGAGUAUGCAAAAAAAACGUGCAAUUUCUCACAAGCACUAUAAAUACAGCUCUCGCUGCUUUGAUUGUGGUGAUGUCUGUGUCCUUUAGGAAAUAAAAAGAAAAUCGCUGAAGAUGUCUGAGUAUGCUGUAUGUUGUGGUCCUCUGUUGCGCGAGUGUGAUAUAGGCAAAAAAACGCUACUGUAUCAUCUC